GGUAGCCCCUAUGGAACUUCCCCACGCAAGGCGAACGAACUCCCGAGCUCAACAAAAAAGAAAGCCCGGCUGUUAACCUCCAAAUUUACCGGUAUUCCCUGGACAAGACGGGAUGCGCCGGCCUCGGACUCGGCAUGAAGAUGCCUCUGGUACUUGUCCGUGAUAUUAACUAGACCCCCCUGUACUGUUACACCUGGAUAUUUUCUUAUAGACCCCCUCUUUCCUUCCCAAUGCUUUCCUGCCCUUUGUUGUCCUCCACCCUGCCUCACUUGCCCAUCUUCGAGGCAAUUUCUCGACAUGACCCCCAUUCAACGGCCGUGGUGCAUUCGAACAGCGGGAGAAAGUUCAAGUAUGGAGAACUGUUGGGUGACGUCUGCAGGAUCCGGGAUCGCCUCCACGAGGCGGCCGGCAAGAGCGACAUCAGCGGGGAGCGCAUCGCCUUCCUAGUAGAGAACAGCUACGACUAUGUAGUGACACUGCUCGCCAUCCUUGCUGCGAGAUCCAUCGCCGUACCUCUGUCUCCGGGAUUCCCCGCGCCAGAGCUGCAGUACAUAUUGGACCACAGCGAAGCAUCGAUGCUGCUAUCGUCGGCCAAGUUUACGCCAAAGGCCCUGGAAGUCAUCGAGACGGAACUAGCCAGUAACCCCAUCCAUGUCGAGCUGCUCAAGCACCAGGGAGGGGCAGACCACGAGGAAGUCGGCUUCGAAGACGCAGACCCCGGCAGUACUGGGAUGAUGCUUUACACCUCGGGCACAACGAACAGACCGAAAGGAGUCCUGAUCCCACAAGCCACCUUAACAGCCCAAGCUCGCUCACUCCUGCAAGCAUGGGAGUACUCGCCAUCCGACCAUCUCCUCCACGUGUUGCCGCUCCACCACAUCCACGGCACCAUCAAUGCCGUGAUCGCGCCGCUCUUUGCCGGGAGCACCGUCGAGUUUCUCUUUCCUUUCAACGCCGACGCCGUGUGGCGACGCUUCGCGGCCCCCUUCCUAACGCCGGACCAGAGCCCCGAUCCCCAGUCCAAGUCCGCCUUCGUCCAGCGAGAAAAGAUCACCUUUUUCACCGUAGUCCCAACCGUCUACUCCCGCCUCCUGAGCACCUACAAGGACCUAGCCCCGGAUAUGCAGUCUGCAGCACGCACCGCCAUCAGCCCCGCCAACCUCCGCCUCGCCAUCUCCGGCUCGGCCGCCCUCCCGACGCCCGUCAAGCGCGCCUGGACGGAGCUGAGCAGCGGCAACGUCCUCCUCGAGCGGUUCGGCAUGACCGAGGUGGGCAUGGCGCUCUCGUGCGGGCUCGACGUCGCCGACAGGGUCGACUGCUCGGUGGGCUGGCCCCUGCCCUCAGUCGAGGUGCGCCUCGUCGACGUCGACACGGGCGCCGUCGUCGCGCCGGGCGAGGAGCUCGACGCCGCCGGCAGGGAGCGCGCCGGCGAGAUCCAGCUGCGCGGCCCCACCGUGUUCGCCGAGUACUGGCGCAACCCCGAGGCCACGGCCAACGAGUUCGUCCCGGCCGAGGACGGGGGCGCGAGCUGGUUCAAGACGGGCGACGUCGCGGUGCGGCGGCGCGUCGACGGCGCGGGCCGCUGCGAGGCGCCCAGCCAGAAGGGCUGGACAAGGGGGGACAUGUACUUCAUCCUGGGGCGGCGGAGCGCGGACAUCAUCAAGUCGGGCGGCGAGAAGGUCUCCGCGCUCGAGGUGGAGAGGGAGAUGCUCUCGCUGCCGCCGGUCAGCGAGGUGGCCGUGCUGGCCGUCCCGUCGGGCAAGUGGGGGCAGAAGGUCGGCGCCGUGGUGGUGCUCAACCAAGAGAACGUGGUGGACGGCAAGUGGACGCCGAUGGACAUGAGGAGGGCGCUGAAGGGGAGGCUGGUCAACUACAAGAUACCGCAGGUCUUGAAGAUCGUCGACCACAUACCGAGGAAUGCCAUGGGGAAGAUCAACAAGAAGCAGCUGGUCAAGGCCGUCUUUCAGGACGAGUUUAGUGGGGACGAGAUGUAGGGGCCGGCCGGCAUGCGGAUGGAGCUGUGGUUGUAUUUGGAGUAUGGGUACCCUGGAGAUGAUUCGAGAUGAUUCUUUGGGCGAUAUCUGCUGUCUACCUUGGGUAGAUGCCUAAUCUAGAGUUUGUGACAGCGAGGCUGAAUAUGAACUUGUCUCUCCUCGCUUGACUUCUCGUCUCUGGUGGUACUGUCGGAAAGUUCACGAUCACUCCACAUAUGAUCGUGAGGG